GAAGAACAUCGACAUUUCCCCCGGCAUCGCCGUUUCCAUCCUUCAAACCAUCCGCCCAUUGAUAUCGACAUCGUCGUCGCCGAAAACAAAAAUGUUCGAUACGCUCCUCUCGAUGUCGGCGCUGCCGCUGCUGUUCACGUCCUACAACUCGUGGGGGACGUCGCUGAACCUGCUGUUCUUUUACAUCACCUGGUCGACGCUGCUGCUGUCGCACCCGCCGAUUAAAGUCGAGCUCAUCGGCACCGCGCUGAUCCGCGUGCUCUUCUACUGGCUGCCCACCGUGCUGUUCCUGUUCUUCGACGUGGCCAUUCCGUCGCUCUCGAGAAGCAUCAAGCUGCAGGGUGUGCGCGGGCUCGGCCAGGGCCGCGGUGGCGCGAAGGCCCUGCAUAGACUCAAGGUCGUCGCGUGGUCCUUGGUCAACAUGAUCCUCGGAAUUGCAGUCCAGGGCGCUAUCGAAUACCUCUUCACAGAGAUCCUCGGGAGGAAAAGUGCCCUCCGCAUCGCGAGGGUGCUGCCCAUGCCGGGAGAGCUGCUGUGGGGCGUGUUGCGUGGCGUGUUGUUGCGUGAGGUGUCGCAAUACUACAUCCACCGCUUCCUCCUCCACGACGACGGCUACCUCGCGCGGGCGCACAAGAGCUGGCAGCACUCGAUCUCAGCGCCGUGGUCGGCGGUGGCGCACUACGACCAUCCGGUGGCGUACGUGCUUGGCCGCGUGCUGCCGUGCUACCUUCCCGCGGUGAUAUUCCGAUUCCACCUGUUGACGUGGUUCCUGUUCGUGGCGGUGGUAUCAGUCGAGGAGGUCACCACGUUCAGCGGGUAUUCCGCCGUGUAUAGCAUGCUCGGCGGCGCUACUAGGAGGACGGAUCUGCAUUUUGAGACGGAUGGAGAGGGAAACUUUGCGCCGUGGGGCUUGCUGGAUUGGAUCCAUGGCACCACUGUUGGGAACGAUAUCAAGGACGAUGUAGAGGAGGAGCUGGAACUUCAAGAGGAGAGGAGGGAGAGGCGGCGUAGCAGGCUGCGCGGGAAGAAGCGCGAUUGAGGAGGGAUCUGUUAGAAUAUGCGGCAUACGGAGUUGGCGGAGUUGGUGGAGUUGUUGGUGGCCCUUUACGUUUUUAUGACUUGCUUAUCUACAUUUUUGGAUACUCUUAUGGCGAAUUCCUAUCACAGUCCUGGUGCGGACUAGUUUUCGCGUGAUCACUGAUGGUGAUGGGGUUCUAGGAGGACAGG